AGCAUAUGAUUUUGAUAUGUGGCUUGAAGCCUAAAUUAAUCAAUAAAAUAACAGUUUUAAAAAUAAAAAAAUCAGAAAAUAAAGGAACGAAGAAGGAAUGAUGCGAGUCUAGAGAAAGAGAGAUUCAUAUUUGUGUGACUAGAGAGAGAGAGAGAUUCAUUAUGUUUUUCGUAAUUAUUAUCAUCAAUAUAUGACAAAUUUAUAGCCUCACCUUUCUUCUUCUUCUUUUUGAAUUUGCUUUCUUCAAGAGGUUUCUUCUUCUUGGAACCGUUUGGAUUCACCGCUUCGGUGUAUGAUCUCUCGAUCUUCGAGGUAUGGAGGCUGUAGAUUGUUAUCAUUCCAUGUGGCAAUGAAUGUGGAUGCCUGUUAUGGAAAGAGUAGCUGAAGAAACUGUGGCGAGUAACAACAACAUACAAUUGAAAGGACGAGUGGAUGAUGUUCCUUGUAAGCUUGAUGCUCUUCAUAGUAAUAUGGUGAUUCAAUCAGAAACUAGAAACAGUGACUGUCCUGGAAGCUCAGCUCACAGGACUCUUGAGAUGACUAAGCCGCCGCCUCCGGAGGAUUCUGCUGGAGCUAAGCUUUCUGUUGAAGAGUUGACAUUGGGGAACUAUAGGAUUGUUCAAGGGACUAAUAAUACUAAUAUGGAUAGUUCUAGGGCUGGGAAGUUUGAGCAUCUUUAUCGUCUUGCUAGAGGGUCUUCUCUAAGGCCAGGAGAUGGGGAUCUUGAUUCUCAACCUCGUGACAUGGAUCAAAUGUUGUCACGAAUUAGACAACAGCUUGCUGGAGCUCCUUCCGAAAGGCAAAACCUGAAACCUUUUAUGACUAGGAGGAGCGAUCACAAUCUUGAAGCUUUUUCUGAACGUCUACGAGCAGCUGGUGAGAACAGUAUUAUCAAAGCUCCUUCAUUGAUCAGUAGUGAAGGUGUCCAAUUGAACGCGCCUGUCAAUUUUUCUCAGUUGUUACUUAAAAGAGCUAUGAAGGGGAAAGGCGUAGUAGGAAAGAACCAGGAGUCUCCUCCUGAAUUUUUCUCUGACCAAGAUUUAGGAAGCAAGGAAAAACAGUUGGAUAGUAGCAAGUCGCCUACUCCUCACCAUGUGUUACCCCUAAAAUCAAGUCCCAAAGGAAAUGGGAUGGUAUCACAUGGUGAUGGAAAUCAUACUAAAUCUUCUUUUGGAAUCAGUUUGAGGGAGUUUCUUAGAUCAAGUUAUGCUAAACGAGAGAAAAGACAUGGCCUUUGUCUAUUUAGGCAGCUGGUGGAGCUGGUUGACUCAGCCCAUUCAAAAGGAUUAUUCUUGCUAGACUUGAGACCAUCCCUUUUCACUUUAGUUCCAUCGAAGAAACUUAGAUAUAUUGGUACUUUUGGAAAGAACGAUCUAGACUCAGGUGUUGACGAAGAUUUGAAUAGGAGGAGGCCUGUUGUUCAGGAAUCAUCUAUUGGAGGUAGGGAUUCAAAGAAAAGAAAAAUGGACUUGCAUGUGCAUUCUCCAGGGAGUCAACUUCAGGCCACUUCCACCGGGAGACCUUUCAAAAGGAAAAGCCCUGUGAUUGAUUUAAAUGUUGUUGAUGCACGUAAUCCAGACAGUUGCGAGCUUCAACAGCAAGACUAUAUCAAAAAUUUAAGCGUGUCUUCAAUGACGAAAAAACAGUCUAUGUCCACAUGGCUAGAAGAGCAAUGGUAUACUUGUCCAGAGGAGAUUAAUGGAGAAGAUAUCGGAGAUAAAUCAAAUAUUUAUGCCCUUGGUGUUCUUCUGUUUGAGUUGCUAUGCCAUUGCGAGUCCGGUGAAAUGCAUGCUGCAAUGAUGGCAGAUUUACGCCAUCGGAUUCUCCCACCAACAUUUCUCUCAAAAUACCCAAAGGAAGCUGGAUUUUGUCUUUGGCUUCUACAUCCUGAACCCUCGUCCCGACCAACAGCUAGAGAUAUACUGAAGUCAGAGUUGAUAUGUGAGGAUGAUUCAGUUAAAUCGACUGCUGCUGCUGAGGAGAUAUCUGAGCUCUUACUUCAUUUUUUGUCUACUCUAGAAGUGCAGAAGCAGAAAAAAGCAUCUAAGCUUUUGCAAGAUAUCCAGACCUUAGAGGAUGAUAUCAAGGAGGCCGAGCGAAGAUAUUCUUCAAAUGUAUCUCUGGUGAGAUCUCAUGGAGCUAUUGAAAGAAGGGUGCAAUCAUCUCCCCUAGAUGAGCACUGUACAACUUCUGGCGUCUUGCUUGUACCAAGUACUAAUACAGACAGGCUGAUGAGUAAUAUCCGUCAACUUGAAGAUGCAUAUUUCUUCAUGCGAUCACAAAUCAACUUGUCGAGUUCUGCUGCUAGUACCCGUUCUGAAAAAAUCGUACUAAAGGACAGGGACAGAUGCUCUGAAAACCAAAAUGAAAAUCAGGAUAUGAGUACCAAAGGAAAAUCUUCAGAUCAACUGGAAGUGUUUUUCGAGGGGUUGUGCAAAUUUGCUCGGUAUAGCAAGUUCGAAACCUGUGGGACAAUAAGAAGUGGGGACCUUUUAAACUCUGCAAGUGUGGUCUGCUCAUUGAGUUUUGACCCUGAUGAGGAACAUAUAGCAGCAGCUGGGAUAUCAAAGAAGAUCAAGAUUUUUGACUUCAAUGCAUUUAUGAAUGAAUCUGUCGGUGUUCAUUAUCCACUAGUAGAGAUGGUCAACAAAUCUAAAUUAAGCUGUGUUUGCUGGAAUAGCUACAUCAAAAACUACUUGGCCUCGACUGACUACGAUGGUGUAGUUCAGAUUUGGGAUGCCGGGACUGGACAAGGAUUUUCGCAGUACACCGAACACCAAAAGAGAGCAUGGUCAGUUGAUUUUUCUCCAUCUGACCCGACAAAAUUUGUCAGUGGAAGUGAUGACUGCUCGGUGAAGCUUUGGAGCAUCAAUGAGAAACGUUCAUUAGGCACAAUCUGGAGUCCAGCAAAUGUGUGUUGCGUGCAAUUCUCUUCUUAUUCCAAUCACUUAUUGGCAUUUGGGUCAGCUGAUUACAAGGUCUAUUGCUAUGAUCUUCGGUAUGUCAAAACACCUUGGUGCACAUUGGCUGGUCAUGAGAAAGCGGUGAGUUAUGUUAAAUUUAUGGAUUCAGAAACCAUUGUUUCUGCUUCCACUGAUAACUCUCUCAAGCUUUGGAAUCUUAACAAGACAAAUUCCUCUGGUUUAUCUCCUGGUGCUUGUUCAUUGACAUAUAAAGGACAUACAAAUCAGAAGAAUUUUGUCGGAUUGUCGGUUUUGGACGGGUACAUAGCUUGUGGUUCAGAGACCAAUGAGGUAUAUAGUUACUAUAAAUCCUUACCGAUGCCAAUGACUUCAUACAAGUUUGGAUCCGUCGAUCCCAUUUCUGGAAACGAAUACUUUGAUGACAAUGGACAGUUUGUGUCGAGCGUCUGUUGGAGGAAAAAAUCGAAUAUGCUUGUAGCUGCAAACUCUACUGGAAACAUGAAGCUACUAAAACUUGUUUGACAACUUGGCGUUUUCACUACUACGGGCAUUGGACUCUUUGAGUAAGUUCUUUGGAAAAAUCUCAAAACCUCAUCUCUUGAGUCUGAAUCUAGGACAAACCAGUUUGACUUUGAAGCAACGUUUUUGUCCUGGAAAUUAGAUCCUAUAUGACCAGAACAGAAAAAAAAAUCGAAAUCUUGGAGAAGUUGAAGAAGCAAAACUGUCUGUGGUAAUAUUAUUUGAUUCUUCUUCCUGUAAUUCUAUAUAUAUGAGAUAUAAUUUGAGAUAACUUCUCAGAUUCUUCAGAAGUGAUUCAGAUUUGGUCGGCAUAAUGUGUAAUGAUGAGAGGUAUAUAACUUGUACAAGUGUGUUAUAUCAUUAGCUCAAUUAUGUAAUUGUUGUUGGAGAUUCUCUGUUAAGAGAUAAAUAGAGAGAAAAGAUAUAUCAUCCAUUCACUUCA